UCCAUGCUGGUGCAAGCACCUAGCUCAUCGACUCGCCAUGGCGCAAGAUGACAGUGCUGGUCGAAGCUUUGACUUACCAGAGGCCUUCCUGGAUUAUCUCACGAGCACUCCUUACUCUGCUGAAGAAUAUCACGCUCUUCUUCAAAGCCCUGAGGAGCGCUACGUGCGCAUCCGCGACCCCACUCUCAGCCUCGCCACCAUCGCCCAGCGCCUCCAAGUCGACGUGACCGAGCUGGUCGAGGUGAGUUGGACGAAGCGCUUCGCGCAGCGACAUCCCACGCUCCGUGUCUUCCGGAUUCCUGAGACGGCGGCGGUGCGUCAAAGCGAUCUUUAUGACUCCGGAGACGUCUUCGGCGUGGACGCGUCCAGCAUCGCGUGUGUGGGGGCCUUGGAUCCGGAGCCCUGUGACCAUGUGCUGGAGAUUUGUUGCGCGCCCGGCACCAAGCUGUGUUGCUUGGCGGACCUGUGCACGGUCACUGGCGUGGAUAUCAAUCGCCAGCGACUCACGGUGGCUCGAAGCCAGGUGAAGCGAUGUAAGUUGAGCAACUCGGUCAAGGGCCUUUGGUUGGCUGAUGGUCGUUCUUGGGCUGGCGAUGGGCAGGAGUUGAUGUCCGAGGGCUUGACUCCACGAGAUCGCAAGCAGACGAGGAAGCGUCCAAAAGUUGAAGCCUUUGCUCCAGACGUCUUCGAUGGUGUUUUGGUGGAUGCUGAGUGUGCUCAUGAUGGAUCGCUGAAGCACAUUCGGAAGUUCUUUGACGAGCGAGGGAAAACCUCAAAGCUCCAAUCUUUGGAGGAGCACAUGCCUUGGCUGAGCGAAGCGAAAAGGACAGAACUGGCACAGCUCCAGUUUGAGCUGCUUUGCAGGGGUUUUCAGUUGCUGAAGGAGGGUGGAAAGCUGAUCUAUUGUACGUGCUCCUUCUCCGAGGCGCAAAACGAGGAGGUGAUCCGUCGCUUCUUGGCCCAGGAACCCAGGGCUCAGAUGGACCCAUUGCCCUGGGAGAUGCCCGAGAAUCCUGUGGAAAGGUCAACGCCGGAGCCGGAGCCGGAGAUGAACGGCACGUUGACUGCGCGGGUGCUGCUUGGGGGAGGGUCAGAGUCGCAGAAGACUUCGAGUGGGAAAAUCACUUACACCAGAUUACACCCAUCUGCUGACCAGACCAACACUUUCCAGAUCUUUUCGGUAGUGUGAGAGUCAAGAGGCCAGGGGUUCUUAUGGACCCCAUGAAUACCUCCACCAAGAAGAGAGGUAGCCAGUGACCUGAACUAGGACCCUACUGGGGUACCUAAUUAGGGGAUAGUCUAGUUCGGGUCCUUCAACCUCUGGCAGGUGCGGAAGCUCCUGCGAAGCCCAGAAGUGCCGUGUCGCCCGGCCUUCGACCUCCCACCGGGCACCGCGUGCCGCUUCGACCCGCAGCGCAGCGCCACGGGCGCCCUGUUCAUCGCGCGGCUGCGGAAAGAGCACGGCGGAGAGGGAGUGGGGGAGGGAUGGUGAGAAGGACUGACAGCUCGUGGUGGAUGGGAAGAAACAAAACACAAAGGGAAAGACUCAUUUUGGUGGGAACGUUGAUAUCAAGGAUACCUUAAGAUAAGAUGGCUUAACAUCAGCGUCAUGACGCUGGUGCAGUGCCAUUACAUGGCCAUUGCACAUCAUCUGAGUCCGAACCGGCAGACAGCGGAGGCUGAACAGUCCAAACCCCCUUCUUCAGACUGAAGGGAAUCACGCACGGAGGUUACUUCGAACUCUCGCACCUCGGGCGGGGAGAGAAUCGAACACCCACGGGGUUUCAAGGACCGGGUGAUGUUUGACCCAACCGAAGUUCAAUGACAAAGGUGGAUUGGACCCCAUGUUCUUGGAUGUUUUGAAGCAUGUUGAAGUCGCAGUGCUGGGACAUGUCGGUGGGGCCAAGCAUUGGUACAUUCACCUCUGGAAACGACCGAUGGAAGAGAUCCUGCACCACCAAG